GGCUCUCCUUUCCAAUUUGGUGGGAUACAAAAGAAGGAGUGGCUAGGGGGAUGGGAAGUUCUGGGCUCAUAAAAGCUGUAGACCUGAGGAUCUAAGGUCACAGCAGCUUUGGCUCCGGAGGACAAAGAGGUCAGCUUUGCUUCUUCUUAUUUGCAGGUGAGUGUUUGUAGGGGAGGAGUACAGACUAUGGAGUUGGUAGGGUCUCUUGUACUAAAAAUAGGAGGGGUGGAAGAAUGGGACUAACUAAACCCCAGGUUUUCUGGGGAUGGCACCCCACCCCCCCCACAGCAGAAGGGAUGGGCUUGGACUGCUUAGAAGUACUGGAUAUAGCACUGGGGUUGUCCCGAAGGUACGGCCUGGGCAAGUGCAUUUCAGUUUACAGCUACUUAACCCCUGAUGUAUCCUGAGCUCCGGGCUAGGUGCUGUGGAAUGCAGACCACGUACCUGACAGGAGUGUAGAGGAAUAGAGAGAGGGUGCAGUCCUGGGAUGAUUCAGCUUCACUCAUCCCCACUUUUGUCCAGUAGUGACUCUGCAACCCACCGCCAUGGGCAAAGAGAAGACCCAUAUCAAUAUCGUUGUCAUCGGGCAUGUGGACUCUGGCAAGUCCACCACCACUGGGCACCUCAUAUACAAGUGUGGUGGCAUUGACAAGAGAACCAUCGAGAAGUUUGAGAAGGAGGCUGCAGAGAUGGGCAAGGGCUCCUUCAAGUAUGCCUGGGUGCUGGACAAGCUGAAGGCAGAGAGAGAACGCGGCAUCACCAUUGAUAUCUCCCUGUGGAAGUUUGAGACCAGCAAAUACUACAUCACCAUCAUUGACGCCCCAGGCCACAGGGACUUCAUCAAGAACAUGAUCACAGGCACUUCCCAGGCCGACUGUGCUGUGCUCAUUAUGGCUGGUGGUGUGGGUGAGUUCGAAGCCGGCAUUUCCAAGAAUGGGCAAACUCGCGAGCAUGCGCUGCUAGCCUACACGCUGGGCGUGAAGCAGCUCAUCGUGGCGGUCAACAAGAUGGAUUCCACCGAGCCCGCCUACAGUGCUGCACGGUUCCAGGAGAUCACCAAGGAAGUGAGCGCCUACAUCAAGAAGAUCGGCUACAACCCGGCCGCCGUGGCCUUCGUGCCCAUCUCGGGCUGGCACGGGGACAACAUGCUGGAGCCCAGCACAAACAUGCCCUGGUUCAAAGGCUGGAAGGUGGAGAGGAAGGAGGGGAAUGUCACCGGAGUGACACUGCUAGAAGCUCUGGAUUCCAUCCUCCCACCCACUCGCCCAGUCAACAAGCCCCUGAGGUUGCCUCUGCAAGACGUGUACAAGAUCGGAGAUAUUGGCACUGUGCCUGUGGGCCGUGUGGAGACUGGCUUCCUGAAACCUGGAAUGCUGGUCACCUUUGCCCCCACCAACGUCACCACAGAGGUCAAGUCUGUGGAGAUGCACCAUGAGGCCCUGGCUGAGGCCCUGCCUGGUGACAACGUGGGCUUCAAUGUGAAGAACGUGUCUGUGAAGGACAUAAGGCGUGGGAAUGUGGCUGGAGACAGCAAGAAUCACCCCCCUAUGGAGGCUGGCAGCUUUGUGGCACAGGUGAUUGUCCUGAACCACCCUGGGCAGAUCCAUGCUGGCUACUCCCCAGUGCUGGACUGCCACACAGCCCACGUCGCCUGCAAGUUUGCCGAACUGAGAGAAAAGAUUGACAGGCGCUCAGGCAAGAAGAUGGAGGACAACCCUAAGGCCUUGAAGUCAGGCGAUGCAGCCAUUGUGCAGAUGGUCCCCAACAAGGCCAUGUGUGUGGAAACUUUCUCUGAGUACCCACCUCUAGGUCGCUUCACAAUCCGGGACAUGAGACAAACAGUGGCAGUUGGAGUCAUCAAGGUAGUGGAUAAGAAGUCCUCCAGUGCUGGCAAGGUCACCAAGUCAGCUGUCAAGGCCAGCAAGAAAUGAAGCCUGCUCCCUACAGUUUCUUCAGCUCCUUCCUUCUGCAAAGAUAUUUAACAUUCCAUGUA